AUGACUUCAACCAAUCAAGCUAAUGAUGCAUCAGGAAUCAACAGUGGACACUGGAAACUUUUCAACGAUCUCGAGAUUCCUCCACUGAGAAGUUUCAGUGAAUUCAUUGCUAAUAAAGCUCGUUUCGAGCUACCGAAUUUCCGUGAUUUACCCAGAUGGAACAAUCGUCUAGUGAGUAACCUGCUUUAUUUUCAAACCAACUAUAUGAUGCUAAUGUUGGUGUUGAUUAUCGCUGCAAGUGCAUUUCAUACAAGUGAUACUAUCGUCGGUGUAUCUGCCAUUUUUGUGCUCUCGGCUGCUGUCUUCUUCUCAGUCUCGACAAAUCCCACAAUCGAACAGGCUCGUCGUGAGCAUGCAUUAGCAACUCUUGUUGCUUUUGUACUCGCCUCAUACUACUUCAUCUAUGCGAUUCGUGCAGUAAUCGUCGUCUUGUUUGUGCUUGCAUUUCCACUCGUGAUCAUCUUUGUACACGCCUCGUUGCGUCUGAGGAAUCUCAAGGCCAAAAUCAAUCAUCAAGUGGAACGUAUUCGUACGAAGAAAACACUGAUGGCACGUUUACUGGAGCUGCUUGCAGUUGAUCUCAACAAUUUCUGA